CCGCUCUUCGCAUUGUUGUCAGAAUCGGAGAAACGCUUGGACACCACUCACUUUCUCUCCCCGAUUUUCAGUUAUUUUAUUUCCGUUUCUCGUUAUUUAUUUUAUCCUUUUUAAUUUUCAAGUUUGGCCCUGUGUUUGGUUUUACUUGGUGAGAGAAAAAUGGCUUUCAGUGAUUAUCAGCAAGAUAAGGAUUCCUUCCGUGAAUUCCUCACCAAUUUCUACACGGAUCAUCCCAGCGGUCGAGGAAAGGAGUUCAAGUAUGCGAAACGGCUUACACAAUUGGCUCAUCGAGAGGCUGUCGACCUGAUUCUGGACUUGGACGAUUUGGAGACUUACAAUGGGGGGAAGGAUGUGGAAAUGUUGAUUGAGAAUAUUGAGAAGAAUGCGAAGAGAUACGUCACAAUUUUAUCUGAUGCAGUAUCUGAACUCCUUCCGGAGUCCAGGACGAGAGAAGCGACCCAUAAAGAUGCUUUGGACGUUUUUAUUGAUCAUCGUAUCACGAGUGCACAAAUCUAUGAAGACCAGAUGCACGGACAAGAUCUGCAAGACGCGGCGAACCGGCCAAAGAUUGAGGAUCAGUUUCCGAAGGAGUUGUUGAGACGGUUUGAAGUAUAUUUUAAGCCGAGGAGUGGGACAAAGCCACUUGUUCUGAGAAGCUUGAGGGCUGAUCAGAUUGGAAAAUUGGUUACAAUUCACGGUGUCGUAAUUCGAGCUUCAGAAGUUCGACCACUAUUAACCGUUGCCACAUAUUCAUGCGACUCUUGUUCUGCUGAAACAUUUCAACCCAUCAACAGCCCAAGUUUUACUCCAAUUGUUUCUUGCAAUUCUGACUUUUGCAAGUCUAACCGAACAGGAGGACGACUGCAGUUGCAAACUCGAGGAUCCAAAUUUGUCCGCUUUCAGGAAUUGAAGAUUCAAGAACAAAGUGCUGACGUUCCUGCUGGCCAUGUCCCAAGGACGGUUACUAUUCACUGCAAAGGGGAGAAUACUCGCAAGGUUACGGCUGGAGAUCACAUCUCCAUCACAGGAGUUUUCUUGCCCUUGGCGAAAUCCACUGCCUUUGCCCAAAUUUCUCAAGGACUGAUGACUGAAACAUUCUUGGAGACUCAUCGAUUGAUCCCAAUUUCAAAAUGGAAUGACGGUGAUGUUAUUGAAGACUUGACUGAAGAUGAACUGUUCGAACAUCGUCAAGCAAAUUUCUAUGAAAAGCUAGCUGGAUCUAUCGCCCCUGAAGUGUAUGGACAUGAAGAUGUAAAAAAGUCUUUAUUGCUUCAACUUGUGGGAGGAGUGGAAAGGAGCGUGGGUGGACUGAAAAUUCGUGGCACGGUCAACAUCUGCUUAAUGGGAGACCCUGGUGUCGCCAAGUCCCAAUUGUUAUCUUAUAUUGACCGCUUAGCUCCAAGAAGUCAACUUACAUCUGGACGAGGAAGUACUGGCGUUGGAUUGACAGCUUCCAUUAUGAAGGACCCUGUAACUGGAUUGAUGACACUUGAAGCGGGUGCCCUCAUGUUGGCUGAUCAGGGAAUCUGCUGUAUUGAUGAGUUUGACAAAAUGCAAGACUCUGAUCGUACUGCUCUCCAUGAAGUCAUGGAGCAGCAGACCAUUUCGAUUGCAAAAGCCGGUAUUCUUACCACCCUUCACGCCAGAACUUCCGUUCUUGCUGCAGCGAAUCCUGCAUAUGGUCGAUAUAAUCCAAACAGAAGCAUCCAAGAUAACAUUGCGCUCCCAGCGGCGUUGCUUUCCCGUUUCGACAUUUUGUGGCUAUUGCAGGACAAAGCCGACAAAACUGAAGAUUUAAGACUAGCAAAGCACAUUACUUUCGUACAUCAACAUCUUCAUGAACCCCCAGCUACUUUUAAACCACUCGAUAUGGCUCUCAUGCGACGUUAUAUCGUCGCUUGUCGCAAACAUAACCCGACCGUUCCUCCGAGUCUGAGCGAGAAGCUCGUUGGAGCCUAUGUUGAACUACGUAAUGAAGCUCGUAAUGCUACCGACACCACUUUUACCUCGCCGAGAAGUCUUCUCGCCAUUUUGCGCUUAUCUACAGCUCUGGCCAGACUUCGUAUGUCUGACAUUGUGAUUGAUGAUGAUGUCAACGAAGCUAUUCGGCUUGUUGAGAAAUCUCGAGACUCGAUCAACCCAGGAAAAAAUCCUCAUCCAAACCGUAGUGUUGCUGCCUCGGACAAAGUCGCGAACAUCGUUCGCAGAAUUAAAGGGGCCAUGAAAACAGGUGACAUGACCGUGUCCAUCAAAGAAAUUCGUGAGAGAUGUACCCAGGAAGGAUUAAGUGCCGAUCAGGUUGACCGAUGCCUUGAAGAGUACGAAUCCAUGAAUGUAUGGAGCAUUAACCACAACAGGACCAAGGUCACUUUUGUGUAAAUUUUUGAUACGAACUGGAUUUUACAGACACACAAGCUUUUUUUGAACGAGUCCCAUUUUUCUGAAUUAGUUGGGCUUUUCAAACAUGUGUGCACUAUCUUACAUUUUCUAAAUAUGCAUAAUUUAUUUUACAAAAAUGUUCAGAGUAAAAUUCAACGUUCUUUUUUGUAACUAUAUUUUAUUGUUUUUAAAGCAACAAAUUAUCUGAUCAUUGUAUCAUUGAUGGAUUCACUCAAUAAAUUUAGAUUUUACCGUUUUAA